UUCACUUAUGUUACAACUUCCGGCGUCGUUUCUUCGUCGUCGAAAUUUGACAAGAGAUAAAACAUCGUACUUUUCAGUGAAAUAAGUCUGAAUAAGGGCAAUGGCGUUACAGACGCUUGCCUCUAUGGCCUUGGUCACAGUAGACAAGAACAAGAAAAGUGAUACGGGAAAUGAAAAGAAGAAAACAGUGUUAGACGAAGACACAUACACGCAGGGUAUUGAGGAGAUAAUCACCAGAGACUUCUACCCAGAUCUGCCCAAUCUGAACUCACAAGCAGAAUACUAUGAUGCUCUUGAGAGGAACGACUUGGUAAAACUGAGAGAAAUACAGAUGAGGUGUAAAGAUCUCCGGCCAUCAACAGGAGCAUCAAGUAUUUACAACUCCCCAGAUACGUUUGAGACACCUGAUGCCUCUACCAGGGCUCCCUCCCCAUCUCAGAAGCAGCCCGCUGACCUUGGCACUGAUGAGCAGCCAGAGUUGCAGAAUGAUGCUGACAAUGAAAAGAAGAAAGAAUUAAGCCUUGAUCGAUACCUGGCCAGGAACACCAGUGAAGACAAUGCAUCAUUUGUGGAAAUUCUUAAAGAAGGCGAACGUAAACACAGAGAGAAACAUGCCUGGAUGUAUGACAAGGAGGAGAAACAGGAAAUGGAACACGAGCAGAAGCUAGCACUGCCCAGCAUUGAGGAGCAGGCUAUGAUAGAACCUGGUACUGGGAAAGUGGACACCUGGAAGUAUAAGCCCCAGAAUGCUCUCAUGUAUGUUCCUGAUGGGGAAUCAUUGAGUGCCAAGGAACUAAUUGAACUGCAGAAGCAUAAACCAAGGGAGAUAAUUCAUGAAAACACCCGCUUCCAGUUCAACCCACACAACAUUGUGAAGAGCAAGCAACAGAUGCAGGAGGCAGCAUCAUUCAAGGCACUGGCAAAUCUGGGGAAAAUCGGACAUGACGGAAAGGAAAUCUUACCUUCUAUGUCGCCAAAUGUGAAUGGUUAUGGGUUUAUGGCGACCCCGUCACCAGCACCAGGAGUUGAUGACUCGCCUAUGAUGACGUGGGGAGAGAUUGAGAGUACUCCCUUCAGACUUGACGGGGGAGGGACCCCGCUCCCCUCUACCCCCGGGCCAGUGUUUAAGAUUCCAGCAGUGCCUAAGAGGGAUCAACUGGCAUUAGAACUGGCGGAAAAGGCAAGCAAGGUUCAUCGUGACAAGAAACAGAAUGCAAUCAAGCAGGUUACCAGAAAUCUAGCAAGCCCAUCUCCAAAGUUUGCGAUGAGCACAACAGAUCGUGUGAAUUCCAUGUCUCCUGCAGCUCAACUCUUAGUCAGCAAAAAGCUGGGGAUCAAAACACAUGCUGAUAAAGCUCUUCGGGCCAGUUACAGCCCAUCCCCCACACGGCAGUCAGGGGACAGGACACCUUUAAGUUUGACCCCAAGUGGUACACCAAAGUCAAGGUCAAAUACACCAAGUACAGGGUCAAGGACACCUGGUAGUGACCGAAGGACGCCUAAGCGUGAUGGAAGUGAUAUAUCAUCUCUCACGGACAAUCUUUUACAAUUGCCCAAGAGACCAAAGGCUCAGGAUUUCUUUUGAAGCUUCAAAGGACAUGGCAAAGGCUUAACUGUGAUAUGUAUUGACUCUAAGUAAUUGAGUGAGUGAGUUUUUCAGCAAUAUUCAGCAGUGGACUCCAAGUUGUGGCUUAAUGUUUGUGUCCAAUCUGAGAAUGAAACUUGUGUAUGUGUGAUUGGGAGUGCCUAAACCAUAACUGUACCAACAUCUAUUUAAUGUUGACUGAAGGUGGUGAUAUGUUAUUGACAUUGCUGAAGUUUGACAAGAGGGAUCUGGGAUGCAUUCUUGAAAUUGAAGGGCAUUUGACUAAGAGUAGUAUUCAAUUUAGAAGGAACAAUAUCUUCUAGUGUCAUUUUGAAAUGUUUGUUGUGCAGACUUAUGAAAUUUGUAGUUCAUUCUUUAUUUCAACAUGUAAGGAUAGGUGGCCCAGGUGGCAAAAUUUGCUGUGCAGAGUAAUGUCCCUUUGACAUGCCAGGAACUUAUCCUCAUUGCAGAGAUGCCAACCUUUAGAAAUGUUAUUGUAGUCGCUAUGAAUUUUAGCCUCAAACUACGAUUGCACUAGAAAUUGCAGAGAUGGCAAUUUUCCGCUGAUCAGCGGAUUUCCACAGAUUUUAUUUCAAAUUGAUCAAUUUUUGUCGAUUAAAUACUAUUUGCAACACGUUUGGGGUUGGCAUCUCUGUCAGUGUCUAAAAUUGCACCAUUUCAGUUUUCUUUCGACUACAAGUUUAACUGAAAUACUUUGCAAAGCAGCAUAAUUCAUGUGGCAUAAUUUGGUGUGGUCCAGCAGAUGAUCAUCAAAGACCUGCAUCAAUCUGGCCUUUCCUCAAACAUGGGACCCGUGCAGAUCCGGGGGUAGAAUUGAUCUUCAGCAACACAUGCUUGUCGUAAGAGAUGACUAACAGGAUUGGGUGGUCAGGCUCGCCGACUUGGUUGA